UGAACAACGGUGCAGACAUCAACUCAUGUAACAUGGAUGGUUUCAGUCCUCUUUUAAUGGCUUGUCAUGGAGGACAUGAUAGCACGGUACAACUGUUACUGAUCAAUGGUGCUGACGUUCAUUUAUGUCAUAACAAUGGUCUAAGUCCUCUUUAUAUAGCUUGUCAAAAUGGACAUGAUAGCAUGGUUCAACUCUUACUCAAAAACGGUGCCGAUAUUCAUUCAUGUAAUAAUGAUGGAAGCAAUCCUCUUUUGAUAGCUUGUAAUGAAGGUCAUGAUAGCACAGUACAACUGCUGCUGACCAACGGUGCCAACAUCAAUUUAUGUACAAACAGGGGAUCCAGUCCUCUUCUUAUAGCUUGUCAAAAUGGACAUGAUAACACGGUACAACUCUUACUGAGCAACGGUGCCGAUAUUCAUCUAUGUGAUAAUAAUGGAGCCAGUCCUCUUUCUAUAGCUUGUGCAAAUAAACAUGAUUGCACGAUUCAAUUUUUACUGAACAACGGUGCUGACAUGAAUUUAUGUGAUAAUGAUGGAUUCAGUCCUCUUUUUAUAGCUUGUCAAAAUGGACAUGAUAGCACGGUACAAUUGUUACUGAACAAUGGAGCCAAUGUUAAUUUAUGUGAGAAGAAUGGAGCUAGUCCUCUUUUAAUAGCUUGUCAAAAUGGACAUGAAAGCAUUGUACAACUGUUACUGAACAGCAGUGCCAACAUCAAUUUAUGUGAUAAUGAUGGAGAAACUCCUCUUUUUGUAGCCUGUCAAAAUGGAUAUAAUAACACAGUACAGAUGUUAUUGAACAAUGGUGCCGACAUCAAUUUAUGUGAGAAGAAUGGAGUCAGUCCUCUUCAUAUAGCUUGUCAUAAAGGACAUGAUAGCAUGGUACAACUGUUACUGAACAACGGUGCCGACAUCAAUUUAUGUGAGAAGAAUGGAGUCAGUCCUCUUCAUAUAGCUUGUCAUAAAGGACAUGAUAGCAUGGUACAACUGUUACUGAACAACGGUGCCGACAUCAAUUUAUGUAAAAAGAAUGGAGCCAGUCCUCUUCAUGUAGCUUGUUACAAAGGAAAUUAUACCACAGUUCAACUGCUACUGAACAACGGUGCCGACAUCAAUUCAUGUAACAAGGAUGGGGCCACUCCUCUUUUUGUAGCUUGUCAAAAAGGACAUGAAAGAAUGGUACAGCUCUUACUGAACAACAGUGCCCACAUCAAUUUAUGUAAAAACAAUGGAGCCAGUCCUCUUUUUAUAGCUUGUCAAAAUGGACAUGAUAGCACAGUAAAACUGUUACUGAACAACGGUGUCGACAUCAAUUUAUGUAGAAACGAUGGAACCAGUCCUCUUUUUAUAGCUUGUAAAAAUGGACAUGAUAGCAUGGUACAAUUGUUACUAAACAACGGUGCCGACAUCAAUUUAUGUCAUAAUAAUGGAUUUAGUCCUCUUUGCAAGGCUUGUCACAAUGGUCAUGAUAGCACGGUACAGCUAUUACUGAAAAACGGUGCCGACAUCAAUUUAUGUAACAAAAAUGGAGUCAGCCCUCUUUAUGUAGCUUGUUAUAAUGGACAUGAUAGCACAGUGCAAUUGUUACUGAACAAAGGUGCUGAUAUCAAUUUAUGUAACAAGAAUGGAACCAGUCCUCUUUUCAUUGCUUGUCAAAAUGGACAUGAUAGCACAGUGCAAUUUUUGCUGAACAACGGUGCCGAUAUCAAUUUAUGUACAAACGAUGGAGCCAGUCCUCUUUUUAUAGCUUGUGAAAAUGGACAUGAUAGCACGGUGCAAUUGUUACUGAACAAUGGUGCCGACAUCAAUUUAUGUACCAAAGAUGGAUACAGUCCUCUUUUUAUAGCUUGUCAAAAGGGACAUGAAAGCUCAGUACAGUUGUUAUUGAACAACUUUAUGCAACUGAUGUGCAUGUAAUAGAAAUAUGACGUUACCUUUUCCCUCCAAGCACUUUAAAGCGCAGUUC